AUGGCGUCUUCUUCAUCAAAUGUUGUUGGUGUACACUACCGCGUGGGAAAGAAAAUCGGAGAGGGGUCAUUCGGUGUCUUAUUUGAGGGCACCAAUCUGCUGAACAAUCAGCAAGUCGCGAUUAAAUUCGAACCUAGAAAAAGUGAUGCACCACAGCUACGGGACGAGUACCGGACAUACAAGAUUCUUGUAGGGUGCCCCGGCGUUCCCAACGUCUACUAUUUUGGUCAAGAGGGUCUUCACAAUAUCCUCGUUAUCGACCUGCUAGGACCUAGUCUCGAAGAUCUGUUUGACCACUGCAAUAGGAGGUUCUCCAUCAAAACAGUAGUGAUGGUUGCAAAACAAAUGCUCUCACGCGUCCAAACCAUUCACGAAAAAAACCUCAUCUACCGCGACAUCAAGCCAGAUAACUUCUUGAUCGGUCGGCCGAACACCAAAGCAGCCAAUGUCAUUCAUGUCAUCGACUUUGGAAUGGCAAAACAAUACAGAGACCCAAAGACCAAACAGCAUAUUCCGUACAGAGAGCGCAAAUCGCUCUCGGGAACGGCAAGAUACAUGAGCAUAAACACACAUCUGGGAAGGGAGCAGUCACGAAGGGAUGAUUUGGAAGCUUUGGGACAUGUCUUCAUGUAUUUCUUGCGUGGGGGCCUACCUUGGCAAGGCCUGAAAGCUGCUACCAACAAGCAAAAGUACGAAAAAAUUGGAGAAAAGAAGCAGACUACGGCAAUUAAGGAUCUAUGUGAUGGCUUUCCAGAGGAAUUUAAUCACUAUCUCAGCUACGUCCGCAAUCUUGGUUUUGAGGAUACGCCAGACUACGACCACCUCCGAGAUCUCUUUACUCAAGCUGCUCGGAACGCACACGAACUCGAAGAUGGAGAGUAUGACUGGAUGAAACUGAACGGAGGCCGAGGUUGGGAAUCAAAGAGCUCCGGCGCAGGCAACCAUCACCACGCAGUCAACGCGGCUCCUGAGGCCUCGAACCGGGCAUUAGUUGGUGCUCCGGGAGUUCGCGGUGUUGAUGGCAGACCUUCAAAGUCCGAUGUACGUGGUGCAAUUUCGGCUGAUCGUUUAAACGCCGCGCAGCCCCCGCCCCCAGGCUCACCGGCGAAGCCCGGACAAGCAGCCCUGGGGAAGACAUCACGCGAUCGAGGAAACGUAUCCGGCGCGGGGGCGAAUCUGCCGAAGAGGAGUAGUGGACUUGCUGUACAGAUAAAUGCUACUACGCCAUCAACGAGCAUGCAGGCACAGAUGCAGACCAGUAAUCUAGAUUUGGCCUCACCAUCGAGGCCGAGUCCGGCGGCCGGAGCUCUGCAAAACAGUCAAGGACGUGCGGUGAAUGGACAGCAGCAAGAAGCGCAACCGACCUUCUUUCAGAAAUUUAUGAAGACUCUAUGUUGUGGUGCGUCGAGAUGA